ACUCACCAGGUAGAUAUCAAUGUUGCGACCUGGACAUUGGCGUGGAUCACCCGUAGACGACUAUCUACCAAUUCACCUUCUAUAGGUCGCAAUAGAUAUAUUGAGACGGGAAAGGAAAAUGUCAGACAUCGACGGUGAUUCCACCAUGCACUCCUCCCCGGAGCUUGAAGCUAUCGAGGAUGAUGACAAUAUGUUCCCCGACGAACAGGAUGGACCGAGUACUCCGCGAAAUACUGCCAGCGCACUGGCUGGCCGCGACUCCGAGCUCUCACCCCCAGAUUCACAAGGCCCCGCCAAUUUACCCCUCGAAGGAAAUCUUCCUGCGGCUUUCUCAGCCACACCUUCGAAUCUGAAUGCAAAUGGGAAACGGGUCCACUCGAGCGCUGCUCCUUCGGCGACAGGAGACCAAGUACACAUCGAUCCAGACACAGGAUAUCAGUGGGUGAAGCAGGAAGACCAACCAGGCUGGGAUUGGAAGAAUUCCAGAGCGAGGGAGGAGGAGCUGAGAGCGCUAGAUACCAUCCUUGACAAAGGUGGAAUGAUAAAAACUCGGUACGGAGACCCACUGGACGCAUCCAUACCAGCGAGACGACGAUGAGCAAGCCUAGGGUAAAGUGGUUGCCCGGCUAUACUUAUGGAACAUGCUACAUGAGCAAAUGUGGAGACUGCUGAACUGUAACGGGUCCCCGAAAUGUCCAAGUCAGGAAAGAGCAUAACGGUAGGACAUUCCACUCAAGACUGGAGGAAGAAAGUAGGAAUGCCUAAACUAUGUGUGCAUCUGAAUGGGCAAUGUGUUUCGCCUUAAGCUUUGGUGGCGACGUAUUUGUUCUCUAUGAUGAAAUGAAUGAUGGGAGCCCCCUGGGAUAUAGUGACCUGUUCCAUGCUUCUCCUAAACGCCAAUCAAUGCUAUGAUGAACUUUG